AUGAAUUCAAGUAAAUUAACAAGUGUCAAUAGACUUCCAAGUUUAUAUACUCAACUAUUAAUCAAAUCCGAAAAUGAAUAUCGACGUGAAAUACGUCAUAAACUAGAUCAACUUCAAUGUGAUAAUCGUGAUACAGUACGACGUCGUCAUGCUUAUGAUCAUUUAUUUGCACAUGAACAUUUAUCAAAACGACAUCAAUGGUUUGAUUUAGAUAAAUCAUAUCGAGAUGCAUGUCGAACAACGUGGAAUAAAGAAACUAUCACUAAAACACGUCAAAGUCAUGUAUUUUUACCAAGUAUAUUUUCAAGUGAUAGUUCUUCAUUUUUUCAAGAUUCUUUUGAAAUUCAAAAAGAUGAAAAUCCAAUAGUAACUGAUGAAAAAAUUAAACAAAAAUUUUUAUAUAUACAACCAGUUAUGUUAGAAAUUUUAAAUGCACCACAUUCAUCAAAAGUUUUUAAAUAUAAACAUGGAAUAGAAUUACGUAAAAUAAGUGCACAACGACGACAAAAACAAAUACAAACAAAUGCAAUUGAUGAUCCACGAUAUAGGCAACUUGUUUUAGAAUUACAAGAUAAUUGA